GAGAAGUGAGUGGACGCAGAGAGAAGAAGAGAGGGAGGGAAGACGAGGGAUGUGAGGAAGAACAGCAGACUGAGAGAGUGAAGGGCCAAACCAGACUAAAUAACAGGAUAGUGCAACAAAAGAAGGAAUUUGCGUUGUUAGGCUUUUGGAGUUCCGGGUGUGAAACACUCAUUACUAAAGGUGAAAGGUCAAGGGUCAAAUGUGGCACCAGAGAAUGAAAAUGUCACCAAGGCAACUUCUCCUCAUCCUGGGAAUCACUGCAGCCGCCGUGUCUGCUCAAGGGCCUUGGAGAAGAGACAACAGAGAGUCCGGUCCUGUUGAGGAAAACCACGAGUGGACUACAUGGUUCAAUGUUGACCACCCUGGUGGUUAUGGAGACUAUGAACAGUUGGAGGCCAUCCGAUUCUAUUACCGUGCGAGAGUGUGUGAGACUCCACGGGCCAUUGAAGCCAGAACCACUGAAUGGAUCCCAGCCCGUGAGACCGGGGAGACGGUCCAUGCAGACCCCUCAGUGGGGUUCUGGUGCCUGAAUGAGGAGCAAGGUCCAGAUCGUAACUGCUCUAACUAUGCGGUCCGCUUCCUCUGUCCUAAAGAUUUUACUGUGAACAUUCAGGCUACGUGGGGCCAGUGGUCAGACUGGACGCCCUGCCCCGCUGCCUGUGACCAGGUGGGUGUCCAAAUACGUACCAGAGACUGCCUUUCUCAUUCUGUGCCUUGCAUUGGACCCAAAGUUGAACAGAGGGCGUGCAGUGGACCUGAGUGUCCGACAUCAGGUUGUUCGCUUCACUGUGUCAUAGGCAGAGCGAAUGCUGAGUGCGAUGCAUGCAUGUGUGAAGAGCACAUCCUGCUGGGCUCUGUUCGUGGUGCAGGAGGUCUUUCUGCUGAAGGAGCUGCCAUCCUACGUAACGGCAAGCUCCUCACCCUGACAGACCACAACGGACACUUCCGUAUCCCUGGCGUCUGCCCUGAUGGAAACACCACACUGACCAUCAGCCUGCAGGGUCACUCCCCCCUCACAGCUGUGGUGCCAGUCAGCAUGGAACACACCUCUGUGCUCAGUGUUCAGAUGAAAAGAAUAGAGAAACUUCAUGUACUGAACAACCCUGAGAGCAAGUCCAGGGUAGAGGGUCAAACUGCUGCCUUCUGCUGCAAGGUGACAGGAGCACCACCACCAGACAACUACCAAUGGUUUCAUAACAACACUCUCCUGGAGAGGAAAACAGAAACUACUUUGGUCCUAAAAGAUCUACGACCUGAGCAGGCUGGUGAAUAUUACUGCAGAGCAAGUGGACCAUCAGGAGCUAUCAAGACCAAACCAGCAACACUUAAAGUCAUUGGUAAAAAUGAGCCAUCAUGUAAACCACAGCCCGAUUCCCACCUCAUCCGUCUGCCCCACGACUGCUACCAAAACAGCACAGACUCCUUCUACUACGACGUGGGCAAAUGUCCUACAACCAUUUGCGUUGGACAACUGGACAACGGUAUCAGGUGCAAGGACAAAAUUUCCUACUGCUGCGGUGUAGAGACGAUGGAAAAGAGGCAGGUCACGUGCCAAGGCUACCAGCUGCCCACCAUGGUGGUGACCAAGUGUGGCUGUCAGAAAUGUGUAGACACCAAGACUAUUGUCCACGGUAGGGCCAUUGCUGCAGAUAACGGUGAGCCAAUGAGGUUUGGACACAUCUUCAUGAACGGAGUCCGAAUCAGCCGCACGGGGUAUAAGGGUACCUUCUCUGUCCAAGUUCCCCCAGACACAGAGAGACUCGUACUUACCUUUGUAGACAACAUGCAGAAAUUCGUCAACACUACCAAGGUUCUUCCAUUUCAUACCAAAGGAGGAGCAGUUUACCAUGAGAUCAAACUUCUAAGGAAGAAAGCCCCGAUCACGAUCAGUUCCACAGACACCAACAUGUUGGAACUUGGAGAGGUGGAGGGUCAGGAGGCAAUGGUGCAGAUCCAGAUACCCCCCAAUUCCUUUUACAAGGAAAAUGGAGAAGUCUUUGUGGGCAACGUCAAUGCCAGUGUGACAUUUCUUGACCCAAGAAAUGUCUCCACAGCUGCUGCAGCCCAGAGUGAUCUCAACUAUGUGGGGAAUGAAGGAGAUACUCUGCCACUGAGAACCUAUGGCAUGUUUUCAGUAGACUUCAGGGGUGAGGAAAACAACGAACCCCUAAAUGCAGGUGAAGUGAAAGUGUUCCUUGAUUCUGCUCAGGUGAAGAUGUCCGAGCAUCUCAACACCAUGAAACUGUGGUCACUCAACCCAGACACUGGUCUGUGGGAGGAGGAGGGAAGUCUUCAGAUGGAGAAAAAAAGAAGAGGGAAAAGGGAGGAGAGAACGUUUCUGAUUGGUAACAUGGAGAUCAGAGAGAGAAGGUUGUUCAAUUUGGAUGUCCCAGAGAAUCGCAGAUGUUAUGUGAAGGUGAGGGCAUUCCGCAGUGAGCGCUUUAUGCCCAGUGAGCAAGUUGAGGGAGUUGUGGUGAGUCUUAUCAACAUGGAGCCCUCACCCGGAUAUUCCUCUAACCCUCGGGCAUGGGGACGAUUUGAUAGUGUGGUCACAGGGUCUAAUGGUGCCUGUCUUCCUGCUUUUUGCGAUGAACAAAAAGCCGAUGCAUAUACAGCACAUGUCAUGGCCAACCUUGGAGGGGAGGAGCUGGAAGCUGUGGCUUCUACUCCCAAGCUAAAUCCUAACCUAAUUGGAGUUCCGCAGCCUUACCUUGGUAAACUCAACUACAGAAGGUCCGAUCAUGAAGACCCCAGGGUGAAGAAAACGUCCCUCAGCAUUAAUGUUGCAAAACCCAGCCCCAAUGCAGCUGAGGAAGGCAACGGACCAGUGUACCCAUUUGAGAAGUUGAAGGACUGUGAGGAGGCCCAAUUCAGUGCAGCACACUUCCGUUUCUCUAGAGUCGAAGGUGAUCGAUACGAUUACAACACGGUACCAUUCAACGAAGAUGCUCCAAUGAGCUGGACAGAGGACUACCUCAGCUGGUGGCCCAAGCCCAUGGAAUAUCGAGCCUGUUACAUUAAAGUCAAAAUCAAUAGCCCACAUGAAAUCAACGUAAGAUCCAGAAACAUGGGUGGAACUCAUCCCAAGACAGUGGGGCAACUCUACGGGCUCCGAGACACUCGCAGCAUUCGUGACAUGGACCAGAACACUGUAUCAGCUGUUUGCUUGGAAUUUAAAUGCAGUGGGAUGUUGUACGACCAGGAGCGUGUAGACCGAACCCUGGUCAAGGUGAUCCCACAGGGGAGCUGCAAGAGAGACCAUGUGAACACAAUGCUUCAGGAGUAUUUGGUCAACCAUUUGCCCCUGGCUGUCAACAAUGACACCAAUGAGUUCACAAUGCUUGCACCUCUUGACCCCCUCGGUCAUAACUAUGGAAUUUACACAGUAACUGACCAGGAUCCCCGUACAGCUAAAGAGAUCGCACUUGGUCGCUGCUUUGACGGCACCUCUGACAGUACAUCCCGUGUCAUGAAGAGCAACGACGGUGUAGCUCUCUCUUUCACCUGUGGAGAUCGUGAAGUGUCACAGCAGAGUGUCUUCCAGGCUCUGCAAAAUUCUCAAGGCCAGGGAUCAGUCAGCGUGGUUAGAGGAGAAGGCAGACAGAACCGUAACAGGCCAAAGCCCAACGCUCCACGAAGCAGCAGCAGACGUAGCACCAGAAACCCAGCGGGAAAACGCAGGAAAAACAAAAACUGAACACUGCUGAUCAACAUGCAGAUUAGAGGGAACCAUUACACUUCACUUCGAAUUGAGUGAAUAUAUAACUAAGCAGAGCCUGUUUUCACAGCUUCUUGGCCAUGAGUUGUUGCAUUAUUGCCCAAGUGUUCAUAUUUACUUGAAAGUGUAAAUAGAGUAUUUAUUACACAUGCUUUGAAAAGCUAAUCAAUAAGAUGUUGUGUUGUUACACAACGCUCACCAUGUUAUAAACAAAAACAGAAACAACUUAUAUUUUGACCAGUGAUUUAUUAAAUUAGAUGCUUAUAAAACACUGCAGAUGCUGUAUUUCCCACAUUGUACUGUAUCCAACUGCCUGUGUAACAAUAAAACUGGUCAAGUGUUAGAAAAGAAAA